AUGCAUCUCUCUCUUUCUAUCUAUCUAUCUAUCUAUCUCAGCCUGUUCAUAAUCUAUCUAUCUAUCUAUCUAUCUAUCUAUCUAUCUAUCUAUCUAUCUCAGCCUGUUCAUAAUCUAUCUAUCUAUCUAUCUAUCUAUCUAUCUAUCUAUCUAUCUAUCUCAGCCUCCUGUUUCAUAAUCUAUCUAUCUAUCUAUCUAUCUCAGCCUCCUGUUCAUAAUCUAUCUAUCUAUCUAUCUAUCUAUCUAUCUAUCUAUCUCAGCCUCCUGUUCAUAAUCUAUCUAUCUAUCUAUCUAUCUAUCUAUCUAUCUAUCUCUACUCCUUUUCAUAAUCAAUCAAUAAAUCUAUCUGUUCCUUUUCAUAAUCUAUCUAUCUAUCUAUCUAUCUAUCUAUCUAUCUAUCUAUCUAUCUCUACUCCUUUUCAUAAUCAAUCAAUAAAUCUAUCUGUUCCUUUUCAUAAUCUAUCUAUCUAUCUAUCUAUCUAUCUAUCUAUCUAUCUAUCUCAGCCUGUUCAUAAUCUAUCUAUCUAUCUAUCUAUCUAUCUAUCUAUCUAUCUCAGCCUGUUCAUAUCUAUCUAUCUAUCUAUCUAUCUCAGCCUCCUGUUCAUAAUCUAUCUAUCUAUCUAUCUAUCUAUCUAUCUAUCUAUCUAUCUAUCUCAGCCUGUUCAUAAUCUAUCUAUCUAUCUAUCUAUCUAUCUAUCUAUCUAUCUAUCUAUCUAUCUCAGCCUCCUGUUCAUAAUCUAUCUAUCUAUCUAUCUAUCUAUCUAUCUAUCUAUCUAUCUAUCUCAGCCUGUUCAUAAUCCAUUCAUCUAUCUAUCUAUCUAUCUAUCUAUCUAUCUAUCUCAGCCUGUUCAUAAUCUAUCUAUCUAUCUAUCUAUCUAUCUAUCUAUCUAUCUCAGCCUGUUCAUAAUCUAUCUAUCUAUCUAUCUAUCUAUCUAUCUAUCUAUCUAUCUAUCUAUCUAUCUCAGCCUGUUCAUAAUCUAUCUAUCUAUCUAUCUAUCUAUCUAUCUCAGCCUGUUCAUCUAUCUAUCUAUCUAUCUAUCUAUCUAUCUAUCUCAUCCUGUUCAUAAUCUAUUCCUAUCUAUCUAUCUAUCUCUAUCUAUCUCAAUCUAUAUCUCAGCCUGUUCAUUAUCUAUCUAUCUAUCUAUCUCAGCCUGUUCAUUAUCUAUCUAUCUAUCUAUCUCAGCCUGUUCAUUAUCUAUCUAUCUAUCUAUCUCAGCCUGUUCAUUAUCUAUCUAUCUAUCUAUCUAUCUCUUCAUUAUCUAUCUAUCUAUCUAUCUCAGCCUGUUCAUCUAUCUAUCUAUCUAUCUAUCUAUCUAUCUAUCUAUCUAUCUCAGCCUGUUCAUAAUCUAUCUAUCUAUCUAUCUAUCUAUCUAUCUAUCUAUCUAUCUAUCUAUCUAUCUAUCUCAGCCUGUUCAUAAUCUAUCUAUCUAUCUAUCUAUCUAUCUAUCUAUCUAUCUAUCUAUCUAUCUAUCUCAGCCUGUUCAUAAUCUAUCUAUCUAUCUAUCUAUCUAUCUAUCUAUCUAUCUAUCUAUCUAUCUAUCUCAGCCUGUUCAUUAUCUAUCUAUCUAUCUAUCUCAGCCUGUUCAUAAUCUAUCUAUCUAUCUAUCUAUCUAUCUAUCUAUCUAUCUCAGCCUGUUCAUAAUCUAUCUAUCUAUCUAUCUAUCUAUCUAUCUAUCUAUCUAUCUAUCUCAGCCUGUUCAUAAUCUAUCUAUCUAUCUAUCUAUCUAUCUAUCUCAGCCUGUUCAUAAUCUAUCUAUCUAUCUAUCUAUCUAUCUAUCUCAGCCUGUUCAUAAUCUAUCUAUCUAUCUAUCUAUCUAUAUAUCUCAGCCUGUUCAUAAUCUAUCUAUCUAUCUAUCUAUCUAUCUCAGCCUGUUCAUAAUCUAUCUAUCUUAUAAUUAUAGAAAUUUGAAAAAAAAAAUAUAUUCCCGCUCGAUAUCCUUUGACAAUUCAUUACAAGACAAAAAGUCUGGUGCCACAAUGAAAGUUCAGCUUCAUGAUAUUGUACUCAAGAACAGUGUCAACUGCCUGGAAGAUUAUUUGAACACUAGACGACGAUCAAAAUUGGAUGGUAUAGAUGAUCAUGGCAACACCCCAUUACAUACAGCUGCCCGUUAUAGCCGGAUAGAAAGUGCAGAGAUGCUACUUAAAGCUGGGGCAGACCCCAAUAUAACUGCAGAAAAUGGAUUUACACCUCUGCAUGAAGCUGCAGAAAAUGGUUGGGAUUCAAUUGUAUCUCUUCUGGUCCAAAAUGAUGACUGUAUCCUGGAUGUUAAAGAUGUACAUGGAAAUACACCUUUGAUGCGGGCUGCUUACUAUAACUACACGGAUAUAGUGAAAAUACUGGUCAAUGCAGGAGCUGAUCUCAAUAUCCAAAAUAAUUCUGGACAAACAGCUUUGAUUAUUAGUCUUUGGGAAGGCAGUGAAAGCACAGCAGAAUUCCUUAUAAAAAAUGACUGCAACUUGAAAAUAGCAGACCACUGCGGCCAUACACCUUUCUAUGUAGCUGUACAUUGUGAACUUUUAUCUGACCUCAGCAUAGCCAAGCUAAUCAUAAACUCAGGUUAUGAUGUCCGUCAUGAUGCUUGGUGGUUACGUCGUGCACCUUUUCGAUCAAAACUUUUUACAAAUGACAAAUUUUUUGAUCAGAUCAUGGAAAUAAUUGAUCCUUAUUAUCAACCUAAAAGUAACUACAAGCAUUUAAGCAAAGAUACAACACAUUUAAAGAAAGACAACUGA